AUGUCGACCAGCUCGCAGUAUUACAGAAGCGCCAGCACCCACUCGCGCUACCAAAACAUCCCCCCCAACGACCACGACCAGCUGUAUGCAGCCAAUUUCGCAGUAGUAUGGCAGGGCCAACCUUAUGGCGGCCCUUCAUCGGUCUUCACCCAAGGCGGAGUCUCCUCCGAUUUUGUCACUCCCUCUGAUCCACCCGCGUGGUCCGCUGCGUAUCCUCGUCAGAGUUUCCAUGGAUGGGCGCCGCGCGCAACCUACGGUGAUGGUGGGGCGAGCGCGGCUGUGCCACAGGCGAAUCACUCUGUAUCACGUCAAUACCAGGCAUCGAACACAGGGUCGGUGUUGCCCCAGGCUGCCCCGGAGAAUACAUUUCGAAGCAUAGACCAACUAGGUGAGCUGCGAGUAUCUUCAAACUCUCCCGCCAACCCGCUUGACCCACUCUUCCCGAACCAAAAUUCGACGACACACGCAGUCUCGCGACGCCCGGAUUCCCAGUCGCAGACAUCGCUUCUGAACCUUAACAACUCACACGUACCUUCGCAACUACCUGCUUUUUGGGAAGUUAGAUCUCAUGUGCCUCCAGUAGGACAUCACCAAUACCCGGACCAGAUUAGUAAGGCUGUAACCAGCAGCAUAACAACAUCUGGACUUAGCGCCUCGUCUGGUACACUAUGGCCUACAGCCAACCCAGGCGAAAGCCCAUCUGAUACUGCUGCUGUGUACGAGCAGACGCAUGAGCAGGUUCAGCAAUGGCCUCCCGUCCAAUCACAGAUUGAACAUGGAGCCUUUCAGCACCACCAAGUACAAACCAACCAAAUACCCGAGGGUACUGCCCAUCAACAGAGCAACCGAAGAGCGUUCACGAAGAAGAAACCUGCGAGAGUCCCUUCGUCGUUUGUAGAAAGACAGGAGAAGUUGAAAGUUUCCAAACGCAAAGGUCCCCUCCAGGACAAGCAGAGAGAAAAGACACACACUAUGCGCAAGACGAAGAGAAUCUGCGUCCGAUGUAGGUUUUACAAAUCAGGGUGUGACGAGGGUGACCCGUGCCAGAAGUGUGACAAGAUCGCAACUCACGCCAGAUCAUUUCUCGAACCUUGCUACAGAGAACACCUUGAGGAUACGAGCCUCGUACGCCGUUGUAACGGUCGCGAGCACCAAGAAGAAGCCGAAUUUCUUGGAUACGACUGGAUUCCGGGGACGCAACUCUACGAAAUGGAAGUAAUGUGGAAUCUUCCAGGUUUUGGGCCGAUAUCUAAUGCACAGCCUAUGCGCAUCGUCUUUCGGCAUUACAGCCCAAGGAGAGGCUCUCUGGAUGUCGCUGCGUCAGUCUGGUCGAAUACAGAGGGCGAAGUCAAGGCGGUGGAGCAGCCAGCAUACGCCAUCUAUGAUACUGCAAACUUUGUCCCGGCCUACGAGCGAUAUUUCUCUACUCUCCAGCCUGCGAUUGAAGCUUGGGUCUUUGCUCGUAUCCGCCAAGACGAGAUCGCUUCUCUGACAUAUCAAGAGGUCACACGGAUGCGGAGUCUGACCGGAUCCAAAGUGCUUGACUUAGCUAUGCGGCUACAGUGUCUUUCAGUCGUAUCUCAAGGCUAUGGCACUGUGUGGUCAAAUAACAUACCCGGGAUUCAAGAGUACGAUUAUCGCAGGCUAGGGCGUAGUGAGUACGAAGCCUAUGAUCGAAACUCAUGUGAUCGGCCACUUCCAGGCGCUAUAACCCAUCAAAUGGAUGUUGCAGCUGUAAAGUACUUGAAGAAGCUGGAAAAGUUGUUCGUCAAGGAGCUGGCAGCCUCGAUCUUUAAGCCUCGAAUCAAACCUUGGUAUGAGCUAUUUCUGGCUUUUUACGUGAUCUUCUGGAACCUUGAGUACGUUCAUUAUGGAGCAAAGGGCUACAUCAAGUCCAAAAAUGGCACCUCGAUCGAGAACCAAGUCAACAACGUCGUAAGCAACCAGAUAAAAAAGUGGGAAUUUGCUUUUCCUGUCCUGUUGUAUCAUUGGCGUUGCACAUUGCGUGGUUAUUCGCCAUUCAAAUUGGCGCGUGACAACCCCGAAGAGUUGCGUGACAGAGGUCACAUUGACGAGGAAGGAUUCCAAUACGUGACCAAGAUUGCACAUGUGUUCAAUAGACUUGGCGCUGAUCGAUUUCAGCCACCACUGACUGGAUUUGCCUCAGCCCAUUACUCGAUGUCUAGUGAGUGGAUAACGAAACUCUUCAAAGAAGCUGGAGCUUAA